AUGAAUAGCCCUCAUCUUCUAGGUGGCUGCAUCUCAGAUUCAUCUGACCUGAGGAAACCUCCACUGAAGAAAAGUACUGCAGCCUCCUACAAGAACAACAACUCCAGGAUUUCCUUAAAUUCUUCCAGGCUUAUUUGUGUCGCUUUUGUCCUGCUAUGCCAAUUUGGGGUGCUCCUGGGACACCCACAGUGCCUUGAUUAUGGCCCACCUUUCCAGCCACCUUUCCACCUGGAGUUCUGCUCUGCCUAUGAGACGUUUGGCUGUUGUGACCAGGACAAGGAUAAUACCAUCGCAGCCAAGUACUGGGAGAUCAUGGAUUACAUUGAUCCCCACGCCCACAAGUUGUGCGGAGGAUACAUCAAGGACAUAUUGUGCCAGGAAUGCUCCCCCUAUGCAGCUCAUCUCUACGAUGCUGAGAACCCCCAGACGCCGCUUCGCAACCUCCCCGGCCUUUGCUUCGACUACUGCUCCGAGUUCCACCUCUACUGCCGCUCCGCCAUCACGUUGCUUACCAGCGACAAGCACAUCCACGAGUGCUGUGAGAAGAACAAGACCCGCUUCUGCAACCUCCUCAACAUCCAGGAUGAAGAUUACUGCUUCCCCGAUGUGCUGAAGAACACAAACCUGAACCGCAACCUGGGCUCGGUGGUGGCAGAUAAGAAAGGCUGCCUUCAGCUGUGCCUGCGAGAGGUGGCCAAUGGGCUGAGGAAUCCGGUGCUGAUGGUGCAUGCCAACGACAACACCCACCGCAUGUUUGUGGCCGAGCAGGUGGGCAUCAUCUGGGUCUAUCUUCCAGAUGGCAGUCGCCUGGAGGAACCCUUCUUGGAUAUUAAAAACCUGGUGCUGGCUACCCCCUGGGUAGGGGAUGAGAGGGGCUUCCUUGGGAUGGCUUUCCACCCCAAGUUCAAAGACAACGGGAAAUUCUACAUUUACUACUCCUUCCAAGACAAAAAGAAGGUGGAGAAAAUCAGGAUCAGUGAACUAACGGUCUCUGCAUCAGACCUCAACAGAGCCGAUGCAAGUUCAGAAAGGAAUCUCUUAGAGAUUGAAGAACCAGCUGCAAAUCAUAAUGGGGGACAGAUCCUCUUUGGCCUGGAUGGCUACAUGUACCUGUUCACAGGGGAUGGAGGGAAAGCUGGGGACCCUUUUGGUAAAUUUGGGAACGCUCAGAACAAGAGUAGUUUAUUAGGAAAGGUUUUACGGAUAGAUGUGGAUGGACAAAGCUCAGACAGGAAGCCUUAUCGCAUCCCGCCGGACAACCCUUUUUCCUCUGACCCUAAAGCACGCCCAGAAGUCUAUGCUUAUGGGGUGAGAAACAUGUGGCGUUGCUCUGUGGACAGAGGUGAUCCACUCACCCACAAGGGACGGGGAAGAAUAUUCUGUGGUGAUGUUGGCCAGAACAAGUUUGAAGAAGUGGACAUCAUUGUCAAGGGAGGGAACUACGGCUGGAGAGCAAAGGAAGGCUUUGAGUGUUAUGACAUCAAGUUGUGCCAAAACUCCUCCUUAGAUGACAUACUUCCCAUAUUUGCCUAUGGACACUCUGUGGGAAAAUCAGUCACCGGAGGGUAUGUGUAUAGAGGAUGUGAGUCUCCAAACCUCAAUGGCCUCUACAUUUUUGGUGAUUUUAUGAAUGGUCGCCUGAUGGCUUUGCAUGAAGAUGAGAGGUCAAAUAAAUGGAAGAAGCAAGACAUUUGCAUUGGCAGCACCAAAGCCUGUGCUUUUCCAGGGCUGAUCAGCACUUACAACAAAUACAUCAUCUCCUUUGCAGAAGAUGAAGCAGGCGAGCUUUAUUUUAUGGCAACAUCUUACCCUAGUGCCUAUGCUCCCCAUGGCGCUCUCUACAAAUUUGUGGAUCCUGCAAGGAGAGCUCCACCAGGGAAAUGUAAGCAGAAGCCUGUUCCAGUGAAAGCAAAGAGUAAGCGAAUCCCAUUUACUCCACUUGCAAAAACUGUCACCGAACUGCUCAAGGAAGCUGUUACAGCUCAGUCCCCUCAAAGAGCCACAAACUCUACCGAACGGCCACCAACUUCUUCAGGCCACAAAUCUACAAAGCCUGUGACGUCUCGCAAAGGCUCUGCUAAGCAUAAGUCACAAAAACCUACCAGGCCUGGUAAAAAGCAGCAGGUUACACAAUCCCCACAAGCCCGGAGAUCCAAGACGAAGUCGGAUAGACCAGCACACACUCAGCGUGCUUCUAACACAGCAUCCUCUCCAGCAAAGAGAAAAAGCUCUCAGGUAACCAGAGUGGAAAAGAAACUUCCAUCAGCACCAAAACCGAGGUCAGCAACUAAGGGAAAAUCACAGACGAAGAAUAAAAAGAGGAGACAGAGGGUCAGUGUAAGAAGUGCAAUCUGAAUUUCCAAAAUGUAACCAAGAAUCAUAUAGUGUGGACCAGAUGAGAUGGUCGGGUGACUCAUUUUGCUUUUAUUCAGCAGUUAGCUAGGACAGUCAGGCCUGUUUAUAGUUUGCAUGCAAACAGCCCCCCAGCAUUUCCCUAGUGCAAACAGCUGCUGGGCCAUUGACUGUAAUGGAUACGAUACAGUCAUGUACAGUAAUUAGGAAACUAACUGCCUCAGGCCAUUUCCAGGGUGUUGCUCUGCACAAACUUUACUCCGUGGACCAUUUAAUCCGUUUAAGUUAGCAAUCUGGUGAGUACGUAUUCCAGUCGUGCAGGGCCAGUGAUCCCAGUGAGACCACGUCUGUGCAAUGUGGUGACUGAUUUGCACCUUCGUCUGUUCCUUGUUGAUUUCCAUGGCAAACAACAUAACUAAAAUAUGCUGAAGUCUAGUUUAUGCUUUGUGGCAUAAAACACAAUAUUUCAGUCUGAGAAAAAAGAAGGUUGGUACUGGCUGAGCAAGGCCUACAACGUUCACCAUGCUUUUGCCCCCUGUCUAAACAUGCAUGCGAUUAUGAGUUGUAGACUUUUUUCUACCUUAAU